AUGUCGACGCUGCCGACCGCGCGCGAAGCCCCCCCGCAGAUCGACGACCUUGGAAAGGCGCGCCAUCGGCUCGGCAUCUUCCCCGCUAGGAAUAUGGAGAACUCUAUAUCUGGUAUGAUUGAGGAACAAAACGAGUACGUCGGAUAUAAUUCCGAUGACUCUGAAAUGGAGGAAAAUUUGCAGCACGAAGCCGGCUGGAGCGAAGACGAGUUUGAUAUUGCGUACGAUGAAUUUGAUAAUGAUGACAACCAUGGCGAACACACAGACGAUCAAAAUGAUGAGAACCAUGGUGAACACACGGACACUCUAAAUACUAGUGAGGCACAAUUUGACACGCAGCUUGAGUACGACUAUUACGGUGAAUCUGACUUGGACACGGGCCACACUGAUGAUGUGGAAGGUGCAUCAGUUCCUGAGGAUUCUGUUGACAUGAGCCAGGCGACGCCAGGCGCUAGUCAGCCUGAGAAACCACACAAAGGUAGCAAUGGCAAUGAAUAUCCUGAUAGUGAUCGGGAUUUAUACUGGAUGAUAAAAGAGAUGACUUUUAUUUCUGAAGCAGCAGCAUAUUCUUUCUACAACAGAUAUGCUAAAGAUUAUGGGUUCAGCGUCCGGCUUGACCAGGUUAAGCGGUUUGAUGAUGGAGUAAUUCGGUUAAGGCGUUUUGUGUGUUCCAGACAGGGCAGACGUCCCAAAAACCAACUGACCACGGAAGGCCGUGUAUAUAGGCACAGACCUGAGUCUCGCUGCGGCUGCAAGGCACGUUUGGUGGUCAAGUUUGAUGGAAGAACUGGUUUCUGGGUUGUUGAAGAUUUUCGUGACAAACAUAACCAUGACCCAGCUGAACCAUGUCAGACUCCGUUUCUUCGGUCCCAUAGGACGAUCAACGACGCGCAGAGAUCUGAGAUAUUAUCAAUGGGAUCCAUGGGAAUCAGGAAGCACCUCAUUAUGAGAAAAUUCAUUGCAGGCUCCGGUUCAUUUGCUGGUGUUGGAUUCACAAGAAAGGAUUUGUACAACAUGUGCUCUAGGGAGAGGAGGAGGCUGCUUUUCGACGGUGACGCUACCACAGCCAUCCGCAUUAUGUCAAAGAGGAAAAAGAGGGACCCUGAAUUUUUCUUUGAAUAUGACGUUGAUGAAAAAGGCCGUCCGAAGCACAUGUUCCGGUGUGAUUCCCGAUCACGUAGGGAUUACCGGGACUACGGAGAUGUGCUGGUGUUUGAUAGCACAUACAAGAUGAAUAAAUAUAAGAUGCCAUUUGUUCCUUUUGUGGGCUUGAACAACCACCGUAGGACAACGGUUUUUGGGUGUGCCAUCCUUUCAAGUGAGAAUGAACAAACAUAUGUUUGGCUUCUAAAUACUUUCCUCAAAGCGAUGUGUCAACAGAAGCCAAAGGCAGUAAUCACGGAUGCAGAUGCCGCGAUGAUCGCCGCAAUCGGCGAAGUAUUUUCUGGUGUGCCGCAUCGCAUCUGCAGCUUCCACAUUGAAAAAAAUAUGGAGAUGCAUCUACCUAACAAGUCACUGAACGAGUUCAGGACUCUUUUGUAUUACACCACCUCGGAGCAAGAAUGUGCUGCAGCAGGAAGGGUAGUUCUUUCAUAG